AUGCCAGCCACACCAGCACUUAGAACGCUUCUCAUCCGAGAGGAUAGAGUCGCUCCAGCUCCUGUUUCCACCGCGACACUCGCCCCCGGACAAAUCCCCAACCACCCUUGGGUCACCUUCGGAGGUGAAACUCUCGCACUCUCCAUCAACCUUGCCCAGAAGAAGUUUCCCACAGACACCCAGGUUCAAGACUUCCACCGCAUCGUCGCACUCUACUCGGUUUUCACUAAAACCUGCUUGGUCUCAGUAACACUUCCCGGAUACCGCUCCGACGUCGAGAAGUCUAACCACAGCCACGUCUUCUUCAAUCUCGUCACAGCCAUCAACCAGUUCUCUCGCCUCGCCCGCUGCGAAGUCGUCUUUCGCAUGCCGAACGAAAACUUCACGCAGCUCACCAACGCUUGCCACUUCUACCGCCUCAGCUUCAAACAAUGGAAAUUGUUUAGCAAGGUCGGAUCUCAGGAAGUCGCACAGAUCACAGUUGGAUCGAGAAUGGAGCGCAGAUUGAAUGGUUGGUUCCGAGCCAACCUCGCCGGUUCUCCUUGA